GACGUACGACGGAUCCGACAAAGAUAUCUUUUCCGUCUUCUGACUCGUCCCAAGUCAACUGUCAUCAUCCUCUCAUCUUUCUUUUCCUUCUUUCAUCUCUCUUCUUCUUCUCUACCUGUUCCAUAGCACUCACUCCGAGAAGCCCUCUUGGAGUCGCUACUUUGCUAUCUUCAUUGGCCAGUCAGUGAUCAGUGUCCGAGUGGUUCGAUCGCGGUGAACUAAGAUCGAGAGCAAAGGGCAUUCGUCAUUCCCCCUUCCCCUCUUCUUCUACCUUACAUAGAUCGCCGUCGGUCACUAAAGUCUCAUUCCUCCCUGACUCCGUGGUCAUAAACAACACUCACUUCUUUCCCCCCCUUUUGCUCUCUUCUCUUCGUCUCUUAUCCCUUUACUCUUUUUCUUCACUGGGUUUCUGAUUUCCCUGUCGAUCAUCUGUCCAGACAAUCAUCAACACCAUGUCCAAGGAAGCUUCGGACAUUGUCUUAGGUGCUCCGUUGUCUCCUGGACAUCAAACAGAUGGCGUUGAUCAUAUCGCCGCCAACCCUCCUUCCAAUCAAAUAAUCCAGCCUGACCACCCUGCUCAACCCAACCACCCCGCGCCGGUGGUCGCUACAAACCAAGAUGGACACCAUAAUCGUCAAGGCGAUUCUUCCUCUGGUGGUACACUAGCAGAUGACGAUGCCGAUGAAAAACGAGAUACAUUCCCUACCGGUCCAUCUGGCAACAUACCUAAACGUUCCGCUCAUUCUUCCAUGGAUCACGUAGCCGAAUUAGGUGAUCAUGGUCAUGUUUCAGUUCGUCGAGGUAAAGAAGAUUUCCAUACUUUGGAAAGACGUCUUUCAACUAUAUCUCAACAUUCCGGUGAUCUUCAUAGACAUAACACUCGUCGUUCUUCUCUCUCCGGAUUCGGAGGUGGACCUAAACGUGUUUUGACCGGUCAAUCUCAAGCCGAUAUUGAAAAAGCUCGUGAAAAUGAACCUGAUUUCGAUCUAGCAGAAGUACUUCGUUCAGGUCGUGAACAAAGUGAUGCAGCUGGAAUCAAACGUAAACGUGUUGGUGUAGUUUGGGAAGAUCUUGAAGUUGUAGGUGGUGGUGGAUUAAAAAUCAACAUUCGAAAUUUCAUAAACGCCAUUAUCGAACAAUUCUUAAUGCCCAUCUUAUCCAUAUUAGGUUUAUUCGGUUAUAAACCUUUCGCACCUAAACCCAAAACUAUUUUACAUAAAACUUCUGGUGUUCUUCAACCUGGUGAAAUGUGUUUAGUUCUCGGUCGACCAAAUGCUGGAUGUACGACUUUUCUUAAAACCAUUGCAAAUCAAAGAGAUGGUUAUUUAGCUGUUAAUGGAAAUGUGGAAUAUGCAGGUGUAGGUUGGAAAGAAAUGUUAAAACAUUAUGGUGGUGAAAUUGUUUAUAAUCAAGAAGAUGAUGAUCAUCUACCGACUCUUACUGUAUCUCAAACCAUUAGAUUCGCUUUAUCUACCAAAACACCAAAAAAACGUAUUCCGGGUUUAUCAACUUCACAAUUUAGGGAACAAGUUUUAGAUAUGUUUUUGACAAUGCUCAAUAUUAGACAUACUGCCAAUACCGUUGUUGGAAACGCUUUUGUCAGAGGUGUUUCAGGUGGAGAAAGAAAACGUGUCUCUAUUGCGGAAAUGUUUUGUUCUCAUGCUGCUUUAGCUUCUUGGGAUAAUUCAACAAGAGGUUUAGAUGCUUCGACAGCAUUGGAUUAUGCUAAAUCUUUACGAUUGCUCACGGAUAUCAUGCAACAAACAACCUUUGUUUCGUUGUAUCAAGCUGGAGAAGGGAUUUAUAAUCAAUUUGAUAAAGUUUUGGUCAUCGAUGAAGGUCAUGUGGUUUAUUUCGGACCGGCAAAGGAAGCUAGGCCAUAUAUGAUGUCUUUGGGUUACAAGGACCUCCCUCGUCAAACCUCUGCCGACUAUCUAUCCGGAUGUACAGACCCAAACGAACGUCAAUUCGCCGAUGGAAAAGACGCCGACUCGGUUCCUUCCACUCCAGAAGCCAUGGCUGAAGCUUAUCGUCAAUCCGAAAUAUGUCGUCGUAUGGUGGCCGAAAAGGAAGAAUAUAAAUCUAUCAUGCAAAGUGACCAAACUGCCGCAUUGGAAUUCAAAGAAGCUGUAAAAGAUCAAAAACAUCCUGGAGUAUCUAAGAAAUCACCUUACACCGUUUCCUUCAUCAAACAAGUUCUUAUCAUUACCAAACGUCAAACGACUCUUAAAUUCCAAGACACUUUCGGAGUGAGCACGGGUUUGGCUACUGCUAUCAUUAUCGCUUUGAUUGUCGGUUCGGUUUAUUUCAAAUUACCUAAAUCAGCUUCUGGAGCUUUUACUCGUGGUGGUUUGCUUUUCUUGGGACUUCUCUUCAAUGCCCUCACAUCAUUCUCGGAACUUCCAAGUCAAAUGAUGGGUCGUCCCGUCCUCUACCGUCAAGUGGGAUACAGAUUCUACCGUCCAGCUGCCUUCGCAGUCGCUGCCGUGGCCGCUGAUGUGCCUUACAACGCAGGACAAAUCUUCCUCUUUUCGCUGAUUUUGUAUUUCAUGGGUGGUUUGUAUAGCUCUGGUGGCGCGUUCUUCACUUUCUAUCUGUUCGUUUUCACUACGUUCAUGGUCAUGGCUGGGUUCUUUAGAACUCUCGGUGUGGCCACGAAAGACUACAACAUCGCUGCUCGUCUUGCUUCCGUGCUUAUUUCGCUCAUGGUCACUUACACCGGUUACAUGAUCCCUGUUUUCGCCAUGAAACGAUGGCUGUUCUGGAUCUACUACUUGAACCCUUUGAGUUACGGCUACGAAGCUAUCUUCGCCAACGAGUUCUCCCGUAUCGAUCUCACAUGUGACGGUGCCUACAUCCUCCCGCGCAACAUCCCUUCGCUUGGCAUAACGGGAUUCUCGGACACCGUGGGACCCAAUCAGUUGUGUUCCAUUUCAGGUAGUACGGCUGGACAAGGCGUCGUCACUGGUACAUCUUACAUGAACGCUGCAUUCCAGUAUGAAAAGGCCCAUAUUUGGCGUAACUACGGUAUCUUGAUCGGGUUCUUCUGCUUCUUCAUGAUCUUACAAAUGCUCUUCAUCGAGUUGCUUCAACUUGGACAAAAGCACUUUGCCAUUGUGGUAUUCAAGAAAGAAGACAAAGAGACCAAAGUCUUGAACGAACGACUGGCCGGUAGACGCGACGCUUUCCGUCGUGGUGAACUCGAACAGGAUCUUUCCGGUUUACAAAUGGCUCCUAAACCAUUUACUUGGGAGAACCUCGAUUAUUUCGUUCCUGUUCCCGGUGGUCAACGUCAACUACUCACCAAAGUAUUCGGUUAUGUCAAACCAGGUUCCCUCACCGCACUCAUGGGUGCUUCCGGUGCAGGCAAGACUACUCUUCUCGACGUACUCGCACAACGUAAAAGUAUUGGUGUCAUCUCUGGUGAAAUCCUCAUGAACGGUCGCCCCGUCGAUCGCGAUUUCCAACGUGGUUGUGCGUACGCCGAACAGCUAGACGUACACGAAUGGACCGCCACCGUCCGAGAAGCAUUGCGGUUCUCGGCUUACCUUCGUCAACCUCAAAGCGUCCCGAUCGAGGAGAAGAAUGCCUAUUGUGAAGAUAUCAUCGAGUUGCUCGAACUUCAGGAUCUUGCAGAUGGUAUGAUCGGUUUCCCCGGGUUCGGUUUGAGUGUCGAAGCGCGCAAACGGGUGACCAUCGGGGUUGAACUUGCUGCAAAGCCAGAGUUGUUGUUGUUCUUGGACGAACCGACUUCCGGUUUAGACGGUCAGAGCGCAUACAACAUUGUUCGUUUCUUGCGUAAACUCACUGCUGCCGGUCAAAAGAUCUUGUGUACGAUCCAUCAACCGAACGCUUUGUUAUUCCAAUCGUUCGACCGUUUGUUGUUACUUCAACGUGGUGGAGAAUGUGUCUACUUUGGUGAUAUCGGACCAGACUCUCGAGUAUUGAUCGAUUACCUCGAAGCAAACGGUGCUAAAGUACCCGAAGAUGCCAAUCCCGCGGAAUUCAUGCUCGAAGCUAUCGGUGCUGGAUCUCGUCGUCGUAUCGGUGGUGACUGGCAUGAAAAAUGGGUUGCUUCACCUGAAUUCGCUCAAGUCAAAGAAGAAAUCACUCGUAUAAAAUCCGAUGCUUUAUCCAAAGAAGAAGAUACCGGUGAUCAUCAUACGGAAUACGCAACAUCAUUCAGAUUCCAACUCAAAACGGUAUUAUCACGUACAAACGUUGCACUUUGGAGAAACGCAGAUUAUCAAUGGACACGUUUAUUCGCUCAUAUAGCUAUAGCUCUAGUCGUCACAUUGACUUUCCUUCGAUUAAACGAUUCAUUAUUGGCUUUACAAUACAGAGUAUUCGCCGUUUUCUUCGCAACCAUUUUACCCGCAUUGGUUUUAGCACAAAUCGAACCCCAAUAUAUAAUGUCACGUAUGACAUUCAAUCGUGAAGCAAGUUCGAAAAUGUAUUCUUCGACGAUAUUCGCUGGAACUCAAUUAUUAGCUGAAAUGCCUUAUUCUUUAUUAUGCGCUACCGCUUUCUUUUUGUUAUUAUAUUACGGAGUCGGAUUCCCUUCCGCAUCAACAAGAGCUGGAUAUUUCUUCCUCAUGAUUCUCUUGACGGAAGUUUAUGCUGUUACUUUGGGUCAAGCUGUCGCAGCUUUAUCACCUUCCAUUUUAGUGGCAGCUUUGUUUAAUCCUUUCUUGUUGGUUUUAUUCGCUCUGUUUUGUGGUGUUACUGCUCCUUAUGGAACUUUACCUGCUUUUUGGAGGAGAUGGAUGUAUUGGUUGGAUCCUUUCACUUGGCUUGUGAGCGGUCUGGUAUCCACCUCUCUUCACGGCGUUCAAGUAGUUUGCAAAGAUAAAGAAUUCUCUCGUUUCCCUUCUCCAUCAGGUCAAACUUGUGGUCAAUACGCAGGAGCUUUCGCUUCUGCCGUAGGAGGUUACAUUGCCAAUCCCGAUACUGAAGGAAUUUGUGAAUUUUGUCAAUAUUCAGUCGGAGAUAGUUUUUAUGCCAAUUUGAAUAUAAAAUAUGAUGAUAGGUGGAGAAACUUUGGAAUUUUCCUCUGUUACACCGUCUUCAACAUUAUUGUUCUCCUCACUGCUGCUCGUUUCCUCCGAUGGCAAAAACGAUGAUUUAUACUUAUUAAUUGAUACAAUUUCAGUUUCCUGCUUAUGCAGUGUCUUGAGUGUACGGUGAAAAUAAUGGACAAUGCAUUCUAUCGUACAACAUUUGACUUGCAUGUCCGGUUCCUCCUC